CAGACCAGUCCGCAUAGGAAGAGCAAGUAAGCACACAGAGCACUCCAGAAGAGAAAGUAAGCACUUGUCCUAUCACAGUACCUAUACAGCCCGAUCUAACCCAAACCAAGGACAGCCAGGCCACAGAGGCAAUAACAGCCCAAGCACAGGAAGCAAGCAGUGUGAAGUUAUGUAGCACAGUAGGUAUAGAGACCCAGGACGAAUUUCAAGACUCAUUGGAGAACCUGGAAUACAGGCCGAAUAUACCACCAGUACCCAUGCCAAGGUCUAUAAGCCGCGCAAAGACUCCACCAGUACCCAUGCCAAGGUCUAUAAACAACACAGAGAGCACAAAAAGCACAGAGAGUCUACCAGUGCCCAAUCCAAUGCUUUCAUAUGCCAAGGACACCAUUAGUUCCGCCCAAAAAAACCAAACCAUUCGGGUGGACAUGUGUGAAGAUCCAGUAAGAGAGGCACAGCUUGGAAAAAAGCAAAGAGAAGAAGAGAGAGCACGCACUCCAGCCCACACAAAGCAGCCAAAUGGCAGGACACAAAGCAGCCAGGCUCUAAGCAACCCCGAUAUAAUCCAAGGCCUGGGAGAGGCACAGGAAAGGCCAGAAAACAGCGUCCUGGAGGAGGCGCAGACCACAGAAGUCCCAGAAAUAAAAGCGCUGGUGGAUGAAGAGAGCCAAGUGUGUGAAGCAACCACCCACCCCACCCCAUCCUCAAGCAUAAGCACAAUGAGCACUGACUCCCUGGAGAGGCCAAAGUAUUUUUGGGCCCUGAAUGAGUCUGUCGGUGGAGUGGAAGCAAAGAAUCCGAAGAGCCAGGCGAACCAGGCGUUGUCUUCGGAUUCGCCUCCUCCUUUAAUCUUUCCGCCCACUCUGGAAUGGCCUAGUCUAGAUAAGUAAAUAUCACAAUAAAUCUUGACUAUACACUCUUUUUUAUGCCCCAUUCACACACCCUUGAGAUCUCUCUAUACACCCACUCCCAGGCCCUGUUACGGAGUGGCGAGCAGCGAUGGCCCGAAUAACCAAAGAAACCGCCAGCAGACAGCCAAUAAACCACAAGAGAUCACUCUGACAGCACAUGCAAUAAACCAUCCACACCCACACACCCAGCGAGAACACAAUGCGGGUCCAGAGAGAGCGCAGCAAGCAGACAGCACACCCUGUCCACUCUCUAUAAGCACGCCAAGUAAUCCGAAUAACACAGGCUGUGGCAAGGCCGUGCACUCUCCACCUGAAUAAUCCGAAAAGGGCCAGGCACCGAGAGAAAAGGACCACAAAAAGACCCCCACCACCUCCAUCACUAAUAAACCACCCCACCGAUCAGACUGACACAUCCAUCAAUUAACCCGAACCAGCAGGGCACAGACAGAGAGGACAGAGCAGCCACACCCAGUCCAGGGCACGUGCAGAGAAGAGAUUAACACAUAACCCGAAUAGCCCGAAGCCAGGAGAGCGUACCGACCAGUGCACAUACAGACACACUCUCACU